CCCCUCAAAUCCCCACCUCUAUUUUUGCUUAUAUUUCAACCGGCUUAUUUCCUAUGUGUACCAGCGAAGAAGAAGAAGAAGAAGAAGAAGAAAGAUGAACCAAAAAUUCCCUGGCUUCUCUCGCUUCCGAGGCGAGCAAGCCUCCCUGGAAUACCAUCUCAUCGGGAUUUCCUCCACCGCGCCCGGGUCCACCGGCGUCAACUUCGACAAGUUCUUCGAAGACUUGAAGGCCGUUAAAGACGAGCUCACGGAGCUGGACCGCCUCAAUCAGGCCCUCCGGAGCUCCCACGGGCAGAGCCUAACCCUCCACAGCGCCAAGGCCGUCAAGGACCUCCGCUCCCGCAUGGACGCCGACGUCGCCCUCGCCCUCCAGAGAGCCAAGCUUGUCAAGGUCAAGAUCGAGGCCCUCGACAGCUCCGCCUGCGGACCCGGUUCGUCGUCUGACCAGACCCGGUCCUCCGUCGUGAACGGGCUGAGGAAGAAGCUCAAGGACUCCAUGGACAGCUUCAAUGACUUGAGGCAGCAGAUUUCCUCAGAGUACCGGGAGACCGUACAACGGAGGUACUUCACCGUCACCGGUGAAAAUCCCGAUGACAAGACCGUUGACCUUCUCAUCUCUACCGGUGAGAGUGAGAGAUUGUUGCAAAAGGCCAUUGAAGAGCAAGGCAGGGGUAGAUUUGUGGACACCAUAAACGAAAUUCAAGAGAGGCACGAUGGUGUGAAGGAGAUGGAGAAGAAUCUGAAAGAGCUGCACCAGGUGUUCCUGGACAUGGCCGUCUUGGUCCAGGCCCAAGAGGAGAAAAUAUUAAUGGACGCCCUCGCCGGAGCUAUAUGUUGCAGACUUCCUUCCUUGGGCAAAAGCCAGCUGAAUCUGAAAGAGCUCAAAAAGCUGCACCAGUUGAAGAACACCCGGAAAUGGAGGUGUUAUGGCAUUUUACUUUUGCUGGCCAUCGUCGUCGUUUUUCUGGUGGUGCUCCUUAAGAUUGAAAAUUGA